AUGAAAUAAGAGAUAAGCAAGACUUCCUUCUAAAUGUAAUGUUAACGAAAACAUUUCAUUAAGGAUAAGCAAUAUCAUCUUCUUAUGGAGGAUGAUCGCAUAAAAAUAUCGGAGACAGUAGAUUUUCAAUACUCUAAAUAUCUCCUUGAUCUAAAUUUCGAAAGCUUGAUUUAUUGGAAGACAGACCAGGAUUAACUUGUUGCCUUUGGUAUAAUGUAUAAUAAAACUCUGAAAUGGUUUCAUGCUGAUUCUUCUGAUUUAUAGCAUCUAUAUAAAAACCUAUGUGGGAGAGUUUUAUUUGGAAACAUUUCUUCCAUUUAUGAGAAUAAAGAGAUAUUGGGUUCUGGAGCUUCGUCAAAAGUAUACAGAGUUUUAAAUAAAUUAACACAUUGCCUCUACGCUUCAAAAUGCAUUCACAAAGAACGAUAUGUAAACAUUUAAUUGAUUUAGAAUCGCAUGAUCCAAGAGAUUGAUUUAAUGAGGAGAUUGGACCAUGAAACCAUUGUGAAAAUGAUUGAUAUUUUUGAAGGUGAAAAAUCGUUCUAUAUCAUACUUGAGCUAUUAUAGGGUGACUCUCUGCAUACGUUUUUUAAAAAACACUCAUUAACACUUACACAGAUUCGAUAGAUCAUUAGUAGGUGCCUUUAAGCAUUAUGCUAUCUAGACCUAAAUAAUAUAAUUCAUAGGGAUUUGAAAUUAGAAAACGUAGUUUUGAAAGAACAAGGAAAAGUUGAAUCUGUUAGGAUUAUUGAUUUUGGUCUUGCAAUUUAUUCAUCCAACAAUUAAAGACAAUUAUGUGGAACUCCUGGAUAUAUAGCUCCUGAGAUGUUUAUUGAAAAAUACCCUUACACUACCAAAGUAGACGUUUUUAGCUUAGGAGCCAUAUUCUAUAAACUAUUAUGUAAGAAACCUUUAUUUCAUGGGAACACAAGCGAGGAGAUUUUAGAGAACAAUAAAAAGUUCCUUUGGAAUAAUCAUCUCAAAAAUUGUUCUGAUGAAACUAUUGAUUUGAUAAAGUAGAUGCUUUAAAGAGAUCCAAAUAAAAGAAUAUCAGCCUACCAAGCGCUGCAACACCCAUUUUUUGGGGAAAGAUUUAUAGAACAAGGAAUAGCUGAAGAGAGUUCUCAUGAAAUUGUGAAAACAUUCCCACUUAUAAAACCUAUGUAAAUAAUUAACUCCAAUGACAAUAUUCCAGAGAUUAAGAUUUAAGCUAUUAGGGGAGGUUAACAAAGCUUUGAUUAAAGCUUAGGAUCUAAUUAUUUCCCAUCAUUUGAUGAGGGUUAUUAGAAACCAAAAAACGGAAGCGAUCAUAUUAUUGAAUGA